AAUGACAUUAGGCUCAACAAAACUUACUGUCCUUCUUGUUGUUGUUGUUAUUGUGUACUAUUUGUGCCUUUGCCUCCAACCCCACACCCCCACACGGGUGGAAAAAAGUAAGGGAUCCAGCAGGCUUGUAAUUGGGUUAAGGUCAAACAUAUCUGAAAUUUUUCCUUGUUUGAGAAAAUUCUCAGAAGUGGCUCAAAAAUGAUAGCAUUUGAUAUUGUGUGUGUGUGUGUGUGUGUGUGUGUGUGUUUUUUGGGGCGGGGGUGAUGAGGUGAUACCACUUUACAUAAUUUGGUGUCUUUGCUUUAUUUUGUUUUCCUUCCAUGAUUGGGACAUGGGUAGUUGGAGUAAUCUUAGAGUAUAAGUCUGCUUUAGUAGUUUGAAGUUUUCUGUUAGAAGAUGAGAAAUUAGAACUAGGAAGAUUUGUUUCUGCGACUGAAAUUACUCUUCUUGUUGGCACAUGCAGAGUCUCUCGAAUGCAACAUGCAGCCGAAAACAUCUCAUGGAUUGUGUUUAGAAACAGUAUCAGGAUAUUCUGGGUUAUUUUCAGUAAUGUCAACAAUCUUGGCUGGGGUCCUAGGAGUUGGACUGCAACAAAUAUCUCAUGCAGAUGCCAAAACGGCUGAUCCUGAGGUUCCCUUGCCAUCAAAAUCUCCAUCAAGCUACACCGAUUUGGAAAAAAUUGUUAAGAAAAAACGACUUCGAUUGGAAGAGUUGCUCAAAAGUAGAGGAAUGUUUUAUGGCUCCUAUCCUAGAUUUACUGUCGCCAUGAAGGGUCAAAAGGUCACAAUCAAAUUCCAAAUACCUCCAACAUGUGAAGCGCCACACUUAAUUGUGGACCUUCUUUCACAUCUAGGAUUGAAGGAUGAACGUGGUGGUGGAUCAGAUAUGGGGGGUUUGAUUGGGAGGAGUCUUCUUAUUCAUCUUUUUCUAGUCCUGCUCUCGACUUUAUCUACGAGGUAAUUUGCUGGAUUGCUCUUUCUAAUUGCAUGCACUUUGCGUUCAAGAAGCUCGCACGGAUUGUGGCAGAUGGGAUUGGCGAUCCUUCUAGGAAUAAGGUUCCAAUGAGAUUGGUAUCGAUGUGCUGAAGUGGAUUUCUUGCCUCGAAUAUUUUUUUACUUCGAGGAUAGUUGGGGAUUUUAUUUGUCAAUUUAGGUCAUGAAGUUUGAUAGUUUUCCUUUCGAUUAUUAUUGUAUAUAUUCAUAUAUCUUCUCACUCGCGCUGUAGAAAUCCAGCAAUGAUCUGUGGAUGUACAUUGUCUACAGGCAGUAGCUUUAUUGUCUGAUUUAUAAAUUCAAAACUAAGUAUUUGUUAGGAAGAUGUUUCUUCAUUAAA